CUGCGAAGUUCCGUUCAUCGUUGUGCAGUACCGGAAACGAAAAUACUUUGGAGUGUGCCGUUUCCCGAGUACGAUCCUCCCGAUUACACAGAUCCCAAGCUGUUGGGUAGAAAGUGGGUCGAUCCUGACAUUCCGGAUGGCAGCUUCAAGUGGAACACAGUUGACGGCAAAGUCAAUAGAGUGUCGUUUGUAGGUGCUUACGCAUUUGAUUCUAUGGCACGACCGAUGAAUCCGAUCGGAAGAACUGGUCUCCGUGGAAGAGGCGUUCUAGGAAGAUGGGGCCCUAACCACGCUGUUGAUCCUUUGGUCACCAGAUUAAAGAAUGGCAAACUGCAGUUCGUAGCCAUUAAAAGGUCCGACACAGGUGAGUGGGCCAUUCCUGGCGGCAUGGUCGAGGCCGGUGAGGAGGUUUCACAAACUUUGAAACGAGAGUUUUCGGAAGAGACACUGGGUGGAAAAAUACGAUCUGAACUAGAUCAGCUUUGGAAGAACGGACGUGAACUUUACAGAGGAUAUGUAGACGACCCUCGCAAUACAGACAACGCUUGGAUGGAAACGGUGUGUGUUAAUUUCCAUGACACGGAAGCACUAUUGGAUAAUGUUGAAUUGAAGGCCGGAGAUGAUGCUGUGAAUGUCAGAUGGGUCACAGUCGAUAGCAGUGAGCCUCUUUAUGCUUCGCAUGAGGAUUUUAUUGCUCUCUUGAAGAAACUGCAUGGAGUGAAAUAA